GGUUCAAGGAGCACAGACAGAGGAAACGAUGUCACGAAUAGAGAUCAUCCAUUUUUACCAAAUAGGACUCAAGGAGUGAAGGGGAACGAUAAACAAUUCGACGGCGAAGAAGAGGAGGAAUGCAGAACGGGAAAGGAUCGUUACCGAGGUUUGUUCGUCAGAGGCUAUGUCGGUUCAGGCACGAGAGAAGCUUCUGUUCGCUUCCGAUUAACUCCAUGGCCGAGGAUCUCGAUAACCAGGUCCUCGUUGAAGGAAGUGGUUGUUCCCGUACAGCGAUUCUCAAUAGACCUCCUGCUCUUAAUGCCCUCACCACUCACAUGGGGUUUAGGUUGGGGAAACUUUACAAAAAUUGGGAAGACGAUCCAAAUAUCGGUUUUGUGACGAUGAAGGGCAGCGGACGGGCAUUUUGUGCUGGUGGGGAUAUUGUGUCACUCUAUCAUCUUAUAAAGGAAGGCCGGAGAGAUGCUAUGAAGGAGUUCUUCAGGGCUCUGUAUAAUUUUAUAUAUUUACUUGGCACAUAUUUAAAGCCACAUGUGGCGAUUCUUGAUGGCAUUACUAUGGGAGGUGGAGGGGGAGUUUCCAUACCAGGAACAUUUCGUGUUGCAACAGAGAGAACUAUUUUUGCUACUCCUGAGACAAUAAUCGGUUUCCAUCCCGAUGCUGGCGCUUCUUUUUAUCUCUCUCACUUGCCCGGUUACUUAGGGGAGUAUCUGGGUCUGACUGGGGAAAAGCUCAGUGGAGCAGAAAUGCUUGCUUGUGGCCUUGCUACCCAUUAUAUUAACAGCGAGAGGGUUCCUGUGAUGGAAGAAGAACUUAAGAAGCUGGCCACUGAUGAUCCUUCUGUUAUUGAAUCAUCUUUAGAAAGAUGCAGUGGACUCGUCUAUCCAGAAAAGACAAGUGUUCUUCACAGGAUUGAAUCACUUAAUAAGUGCUUCAGCCAUGACACAGUUGAGGAGAUCAUCGAUUCUUUGGAAAGUGAGUCGAGCCGAACAAAGGAGGCAUGGUGCAUUUCAGCACUAAGUAGACUUAAAGAGGUCUCGCCGUUGGCCUUGAAGGUCUCAUUGAGAUCCAUCCGAGAGGGUAGAUCUCAGACACUUGACCAGUGCUUGGCUCGGGAGUAUAAAAUGUCACUACAAGGUACACUUGGGCAAAUCUCAGGUGAUUUCUGCGAGGGGGUACGAGCGAGGGUGAUAGAUAAGGACUGCGCACCAAAGUGGGAUCCUCCGACGCUGGAUAAGGUGUCGACGGACAUGGUGGAUCAGUAUUUUUGUGGCCUGAGCCCCUCGGAACCCGAUCUUGAACUGCCGACCAAACUCAGAGAAAGCAUUUAGCAGUAUCACCUAAACUCUAAUUCCUCUAUUAUUAUUUUGCUUGUAAGAUAAAAGAACACGUGCUGGACUAAUUCUAAUCAAAGGUUUGCCGGUCGAUGCAAACAUCGAAGGCUAAGAAA